AUGUCCAAAGCCCAGCUCGGCCGGCUCAUUGAGCUGCCGGACGAUGCUCUGCAGCAAGUGCUCGACUAUGCCUCGACGCUGUCCAAGGCUGAGGCUGCCGAGCACUUCUCAAACCUGUUGGGGAGCGACCCUGCUGCCGUCGAGUUCGUCGCGGCCUUCAACGCACGGCGGCACGAUCCUGCGGCGGGCAGCGCAUCGUCUGUCGCAGCAGCGAGCCAUUCCGGUGCGAACACACCCGGAACGAGCAGCCCCGGAGCCAUUGAGCCGGUUCCCAAGCACCACAGACAGAAGAAGAAGAAGGCACCGCUACACACACCACCGCCACGCCAGGUGACGAACCUGGCACCACCGCCAGGCGCGGUGUACAACAAGAAGGACGUUGUGGGCGACUACAUGGGUGGUCGGUCAUCGGGCACCACGACGCCGCUGGCAGUCGCGGCAGCAGGCAUAGCGCGCGGUGCGACGCCAGUAUCUGCGUCAACGACACCACCACCGCAGCCCUCGCCUAAGAAGCAGCCAUCGCCACAGCCACAAGCGUCGGCGCCGUCACAAUCACAAAAACAGCAACGAUCAGGCGCCGGCGGCUCGCUGAUCCAAGACGCACUCGCCCCCAAGACCAAGAAUCGAGCGUCCAACAAGGAUACGUCCUCCACCAAGAUCAACAUUACGGGCGGCACUGCCAUGCACGGUGCCGCAACGGCAUUGUCUGACUUUGACGCCGCCAUCCGCUCGCUUGAGGUGAGCACGAACCCCACGCUGGCCAACAACGGCAGUGGAAACGGCAAGGCCGGCCAGGAUAGCGUUUCCGCUCGCCGCUGCAACUGCGUUGCCACGCGCCACGCGCUGCAAAAGGCCGCACCCAACUGCAUGUCGUGCGGCAAGGUCAUUUGUGUGAAGGAGGGCUUGGGCCCGUGCACGUCGUGCGGCGCGCCGCUGCUGUCGCCGGCGGACGUGCAGGCCAUGAUCAAGGAGCUGCGCGCGGAGCGGGGCCGCGAGAAGAUGGCGGCAGACCGCGAGGCAAACCGGCGCAUCGACGUGAGCUACGGCGGAAAGAACCGCAUGGGUGCGGCCAUGACGCACGCACAGCACGCGUCGGGUCCGCACAUGGUUGCUGGGCAGGCGAAAUGGGGCGGCGACGACAACGGGUUUGUCAGUCUAGCGGAGGCGGCCAAGGCCGCGGAGACGCAGAUGCAGACGGCCGAGGCCAAGGCGCGCGCACACCGCGACAAGUUGCUGGCCUUCCAGGCGCAGAACGCGCAGCGGACGACGGUGCGCGACGAAGCGGCCGAUUUUGAUGUGGGCGACGCCAUGGCGAGCGGCGGCGAUGGCGACACACCGACGUCGCGCAACCUGUGGGCAACACCCGAGGAGCGGGCGCGCGAGCUGCGGCGGCAGCAAAAGCUGCUGCGGGAGAUGGAGUGGAACGCGCGGCCCGAGUACGAGAAGAGGCAGCAGGUGCUGAGCAUCGAUGUGACGGGUCGCAAAGUGUUCCGCAAGGCCGUGGUGAUGGACCGCCCGCCAACGCCAAAGAGCGACGACGACGAUGACAACGUAAACGACGAGUACGGACACGGCGGCAAGGGCGCAGCGAUCCUUACGGAUGCAGACGGCAACAAGGACACGACCGCCAGCAGGCGCACGGCAGGCAGCGGUGCCUUUAGCAGGAACCCAUUGCUCGGCCACCUGAUCAAACCAGUCUACGAUGCCCAGAGCCGUGUAAAGGCAGCAGAGAAGGACAAGACUGAGAAAGAACAUGGAAAGGGCAAGGGCAAGACCAAGGACAAAGAGGCAAGCAAUGGCAAGGGAAAGGCUGAGGCCAAGCAGGAGGAAGCUGCUAGCAGCAGCAAGGAUGCUAGCGAGGCAUCUCCCCUGCCUGGCCGCCGAGACAACCCCAAUGCAGCCAGUCGCUGGCGGCGUGUCCAAGACGACCUCGACAACAAUGAGGCCGUGAUUCUUGACGGUGGUAUCUACGGUGCGGGUGUGCCAAGAUCGACACUGCCUGCCGGAGAAGAGCCCGAGAGUGGUUGA